GUAACCAACCUAACCCUUGUGUGAAAUUAAUCCAUGUAUUGGUCAGUACUGUCAAGCUGCACCAAUUUUAGUGUAAAAACAGUACAGCCGAUUCGAUUAGAUAUUAAAUGGCUCAUUAAGAGUUAUCGAUCGGGCAAUUUAUGGUCUAACAGUCAUAAACCAGCGACUACUGUAAUUGAUGCUAUAAUUAUAACGAUUAUAAGUGGUUCAACCAUGGUGAAGCUAGGACUGGUGGUGAUUUCUGCGAUUUUCUGUCUUGUUGCCAUCGAAGCUUUGCUGGUUUCAGCUCACCGCAGGCAGGGCAAUGAUACUUCAAUUAGUCAAGAUCUCGAAGAAGUGAAGAGCAAAUGCACGCCGGGAAAGUUCUAUAAGAGAGGGUGCAAAAGAUGCUUCUGUAAUGAUAAGCAGAAACCCAUCUGUGGAAAGAUAGAAGAUUGCAAAUUGGCUAAUAAGUUCCCAACGAAGCCGAAGUUUCUCCAAGACUCUCUACCAGAGCUCUAUGAACUGCCAAUGCUGCUGCACCAGUCAUCUAACUGUACACCCGGUGUCGUUUACCGAGUCGACUGCGACGCAUGCGUCUGUCUCGCUAAUAAGAAUCUGAUGUGUAACGAUAUACUCUGCCCAAGUUACUACGAUAUUAACAGGAUAGUGGCCAAAGAAAUGUCUGGAAGUACAUGUGAAGUGGGCAUAAACAAGACCAACGAAUGCAUUUCAUGUCCCUGCAUUAAAGGCGUCCUGAAGUGUGAAGCCCUGUUCGAUUGCAUUCCAAGUGGAAGGAGGGGCCUCCAGAGUAAACCUCUAGACCUAGACGCCAAGAAAAAAAGCCCAUGUGUGAAGGGAAUGGUUUAUAAACGCGCCUGCAACCGCUGCUACUGCCAAAAGGACAACUCCCUCCGCUGCACCCUCAUGCGAUGCUUGAAGCACACCGAAGUGCAACGGCUGAAGAAACUGCGCUCGCAACUGGAAAGGGAAGGGCUUUGAACGUUUCAAAGUAAAUUGCAACGCAUUCAUGUUUAGCAGUAUUAAAAGAUUAUUAAACCAAUUAACCGUAAUGUUA